AUGUUCAUUGUUUUAAUAUUACUUCUUUUAAACCAGGUUGAGAGUAAUAGAAUCAUUAAACCAAACUUGACAGUUAUAGAUGAGACAUUUUAGUCCAAUGAUUUUUACAGAUAGGCGUCUGAGAUUAUUGAAAUUCCUUAUGGAGCUUAUCCAGGAGUCUUUGCCAUCGACUUACAUUAAAGGGUUAAAGGCGAGAUUAGUAACCAAAGCAUUAAUUUGGGAGAUUUUUAAAAGGUAGAAGAAGAUCUCUUGGAGGAGGACGGUUGUUAUUCAAUAUAGAGGAACAUUGAAAUAAGCAUGAAGUUGAAAUUGUGGCUUGAUAAAAGUGGUUUAACACGGGAUAUAUACUGUACUGAUGUGGCUUUGGCUGAAAAAUUUAAGAAGGCUUAUGUUGUCAGAAAUGAUUUUUAAAUUAUACAAGUGGAUUUAAAUUAGGGUUUAUUCAGACUUUAGCUUGACCCUAUAAGACAUUCAUUUGCCUAUCUACUUAACUAUGACGAGGAGAACACUGAUUAUCAUCCUUAUUUAGUUGGAGACAGAGAAUCAAAUAAAAUAUUUAUAUUCACAACAAACGGAGGAUUGAGCUUCGAUAGUAAUUCCAAGCUUGACAUAGAAUUUAAAGUAGAAGAGGAGAUAAAGCAAAGAGAUAAAAUCUACAAUGUUCAUUAUAAUGAGAAACAUUAAUUGAUAUUUGUGGCUUGUGGACAUGAAGGUAUAGAUAUAUACAAAAUAAAUAAUGGAACUUUAGUAUUCAUGAAGGAUAUUUCAGCUUAGUAUCUAGGAAUUGAUAGUUAAAUAGUUGAUGUGAAUAGUAAUGGAGAGGAUGGAUUGUACGUAUUAGAUUUGGAGAGAGGAUUAAAAUUUUAUUGGAUCAAAAAUAUGAUGGAAUUGGUUUACUAAUUUACUAUUGCAAUUUCAAAUGGUUAAAGUUUUGAUUUUUAUGAUAAUACAUUCUUUAUUGUGGCCAAAACAAUCAAUAAACAAGAUUUUGCAAUUGAGGUCUUUGUUAAUUAAGUAACUUACGAUUAUUAUAUCAAUAACCAUUUUUUUGACGAGAUGACCAUAAAUGAUGUGAGUGUCUUUUAAUACUAUGCUGUUUUGAUUGGAGAUGAUGGUCAUAAGAUUAUCUAUCAUUCAAUUUAUCAAGGUUUCUUAAAUUAAAAUUUAAUAUCUCACACAUCGUUCUAUUAACCUGAUUUGGUAACAGUAAAGGAAUUUGAAUUUGAGGGAGAAGAGUUUUCUAAUCAAAGGAUAUUUGCAGCAAUUAGUAAAUAUGAAUUCUAAUUGAUUAACAUAAUUAUGAAUAUGCCUAAAAUUGAAUGUAAAUAUAGUGAUGCUGGAGUCAGGUAGUUUUAUGUUAAGAUUAAUUCUACAAAUUGUGCAAAGAAGGAUAAGGAAAAUAAUUUAAAUUACUAAUUCACCUUAUGCAAUGUGUCUCAUUCUUUCACUUUUACAACAACUGAAUUAGAAGGAAAUUAUACUACAUAUGCUUAUUACACUCUUACAAUAUAUGUGUUAAUUGUGGUUGGUAUUUGGUUGGCUGUCCUUCUCUUCUAUUUAAUAAAGAAGUGGGGAUACAAAUUAAAAUACCUAAUUUGGAGAAAGAAAAUUGUUGAUGCUACUGCUCCAUAUAAUGAAAGCUUUGAUGCAAAGGAAACAGAGCUACCAGAAACAUAAAAACAAUGAUUUAAUUGAUAUCUAUAAAAAAUAUAAUCUCAAAAAAAUUAUUGUU